AUGGGUUUUGGAGGAGUUACUUAUGGGGUUUCAGUUGAUGGCUCAAUUUGUACUCUGUCAAAGGAAGAUAAUAAUGGGGUGUUGCUAUCAUCUGAGGCUUCUUCAUCAUACCCUGAUGAGACUCAACUUGAAUUGGGUCUUGGACUGAGUCUUGGGGCUUCUGCUGAUGUUGCCCUUCCUAAGGCUAAAACUGGUGCAAGGGGUGGUUAUGCUAAAAUCUUGACACCCAAAAAAGAUUUCCCUUCUUUGGGUUCUAAUUCAUCAUCUUCAUGUUCAUCUUCUUCUGUUAUUAAACCGAAUAAUGCUUCUUGUGGCACUAAGAGAAACGCUGAUUCUAUUUCUCCUCCUCGUUCGAGUGUCAGUCAGGUUGUUGGAUGGCCUCCUAUAAGAACUUAUAGGAUGAACACCCUGGUUAACCAGACAAAACUACCACCCCCAGAAGAAUUUUCUGUGACAAACGAGAAAUGCAAAAGUAAAAAUACUAUCGCUAAUGCUGGGAGCAGCAAGAUCAACAACUUUGCAAAGGAAAAAGGGCUCGUCAAGGCUUCUCUAUUUGUGAAGGUCAAUAUGGAUGGAGUUACAAUUGGAAGGAAGGUAGAUCUGAAUGCACAUAAUAGCUAUGAGAACUUGGCACAGACUCUAGACAACAUGUUCUUAAGACCCAGCACGACUGUUUGUGCAAGAUCAUCAAAUGUACAGGAGCUAGGUGUCAUGUCAGAAACAACGUCUUCUUCAAGAUUAUUAGAUGGAUCAUCUGAAUUUGUGCUGACUUAUGAAGACAAAGAUGGAGACUGGAUGCUUGUUGGAGAUGUUCCUUGGGAGAUGUUUAUUAGCUCGGUCAAGAGACUACGAGUCAUGAGGACAUCUGAUGCCAAUGGACUCGGUACAUCUCCAACUUUCAUGGGAAGAAAUGGUGGAAGACCGGGGACUAAGCCUAUAUAG